AUGUCAGUGAUUGCGAAGGUAGUUAGCCUAUUCUCAUUAAAUGCAUUAUUUGCCACUACCCCAUGCUUAAGUAACCCAUGCUUAAAUGGAGGAAUUUGUACAGACGUUGUUGACUCAUUUGAAUGUGAAUGUCCUUCUGAAUAUCGUGGUAAUAGAUGCAAAAUCGAAGAUAUCAACGAAUGUAAUCGUUCUUACUGCCAUCCGAAUGCCGAGUGUGUGAACAAUAUGGGAUCAUUUACCUGUAGUUGUUGGUCUGGAUACAAAGAAGACGGGUUGAACUGCACAGAAACCUGCGAAGAUGAAAUACUAUUCUAUUCCACGGGCUCAGAGAUCAUCUCACAUUACCCAGCCUGUAACAUCUCAGCCUCUGAUAGUAAAUUAAGUUAUGACAAACAGAACAGAAGAAUACUGUAUUAUGUUGACUCUGGAAAUAUCUUAUACAGUGCCGAUCUGAGCUGCUCGGACUCGAAAGUUCUAACUGAUAAAGUUCGCGUUCUAAACUAUGCAUACGAUGGUGUGAACGGUAUUCUGUACUACGUCCAUCCAAAUAUCUUUUUAAUCUUCUCACUUAAUAUCAGCAGCGGAGAUAAUAAGCCUGUUCAAGAGUUGAGUUCCUUCACUGGAGUCAAGGAGAUGGAAAUGGACAUAAAACAUGGGUACCUGAUAAUUGCGAGAUCAUCGAAGCCUCCUAUCGCUUUCUUUGAUACCCAAUCAUCAACAACAAAAGAAAUAGACUACGAUGGUUCGGCCCAAGCGUUGUCCGUUGAUCAAGAUAACAAAGCUGUGUAUUGGGACAAUUUUGAUCAAGAUAAAGAAACGCACAAUCUGACGAGAACAUUCUACACUGAGCAAACACAGAAUCUUAACAUCAGCUAUAACGGAGAAAUUGAAUUAGCACAAGACUGUAGGUACCUCUACGUGUUGUAUAAAGAAGGUAAAAUUAUCGACAAGUACGACAAACGAACGUGGAUGAAGUUAAAUAGUACUCAAACUAAUGAUGGCCCACAGAAAGUGAUUGUAGCGUUUGACUACGACGAAUGUUGUGCAGAAACGUUCUGCCCGAGGGAAAACGCGAUAUGUACGAACAAGCCAAGUAGUUUUGAAUGCAUGUGCGAAAAAGGAUAUCUUCAUAAUGGCAGUUAUUGUCAUGAUAUUGACGAAUGUGAAAUGGAUAACAACUGCAGUGUCAACGCAACUUGCACCAACACUGAUGGAUAUUAUAAUUGCACUUGUAUGGAAGGAACUGAAGAAGAACCACUUAACAGCGUAUGCACAGAUAUUAACGAGUGUGAGUCGGGUGUUAGUUUAUGCCAUGCCAAUGCUACAUGCAGCAACUCUUACGGAUCAUAUAGCUGUGAAUGUAUCGAAGGUUACACUGGUGAUGGAGUGAAUUGUACAGUUAAGGACGGAAUUGGUCAAUCAGAGUUGUGUAUUUCUGAGUUAACUGGGACUUAA